CUUUGUGUAAAAGAAUUAACUUAAAACCCAAGUCUAGGGUUCUUGGGAGGGAGACGAUGUCGAUCACAUUGCACACCAAUCUGGGAGAUAUCAAGUGCGAGAUCUUCUGCGACGAGGUCCCAAAGACAGCCGAGAAUUUCCUGGCGCUGUGCGCGAGCGGCUACUACGACGGCACAAUCUUCCACCGCAACAUCAAAGGAUUCAUGAUCCAAGGAGGCGAUCCCACUGGAACUGGGCGCGGAGGUACCAGCAUUUGGGGUCGCAAGUUUAACGAUGAGAUUCGCGAGUCUCUCAAGCACAACGCGAGAGGAAUCCUUGCCAUGGCCAACAGCGGACCAAACACGAAUGGGAGCCAGUUCUUCGUCACGUAUGCCAAGCAGCCCCACUUAAACGGCCUCUACACCGUCUUUGGCAAAGUCAUCCAUGGCUUCGAAGUUCUCGACCUCAUGGAGAAGACACAAACGGGUGCUGGAGAUCGUCCCUUGGCGGAGAUCAGGCUAAACAGAGUCACCAUGCACUCGAAUCCUCUCGCCGGAUGAUCCAACUUCUCCCAAACGCUUACGAGAAAACUCCAGGCUUUCCAGUUCUCGAUCUUGUCUAGAAGAUCAUCUUACUCGAUAUCACUGAGCAAAUCAAAAACUUUGGUAUUCAAGCUCCAAAAAGAUGAAA